AUGACGGAGGCGGUCAGGAUAUGGGAAGUCUUACCUCCUCCUAGGGCACUUGGACCUCUCUUAACCUCCUGUAGUCACGCAAAUGAUGCCCCUCACGCCGCCUCCUUCAACGACCACAGAGUUCUCGCCACCGAUGCGAGGACGUGGAGUAUCUUCUUCAGCGACUACAUCCAGUACCACAACUACGAGAACAUAUACUUCCUUACACGACACAAUGGCGACUCUGGCUUACGGAGAGAAGGAAAUCGUGAACCUGUUGGAAGUUUACCAAAUAGGUACAGCUGUGUAAUCGUAAAAGACGGGAAAUGGGGCGCCCCGAAGCGUACUGAGGACGGUAGUGACGGAGGGUGGGACGGUCUGGUAGGGGACAUCCUGGCCGGCAAGGGGGAUGUCAUAGUGGCCCCUCUAGACCAUACCCUCAAGCGUUCCACCGUUGUCGACUUCUGCUUCAGUUUCGCCAUGCUCGGGUACAAGAUGGUGAUACGUCGACCCAGCAGCCAGGCUUACACAUGGACGAGUUACACCAGGGAGUUCGACAGUGUGGUGUGGCCUGUAGUCUUGCUUUUCCUUGUAGGGGCCGCCUUUCUCUUCUACCUCACCGGGUUUUCCCCCUCAGAGGUCGCUCACUUCACCCUCGGCGACGCCUUCCUCAUGACCUUCGGCUCUUUGUGCAACCAAAGCACAUACUUGAAGGUAAAUAGCGGGGCUGCCAGAGUGGUGAUGAUCAUCAUCUACAUAACCAACACACUGUUCUUCGUUCACUACACCUGCUUCCUAAUCUCCAACCUCACCGUGUCGUCUGAGUCACCGCCCUUCAGAAACCUGCAGGGGGCGCUCGACGACGGCUCUUACUACAUGGGCUACAUGAAGAGCUCCUCCAUAGACGCUGCCUUCCAGUUUGCUCCCAGCGGGAUAUACCAUAAAGCGUGGCAGGAAAUGGUGGAGCCUAUCCACCAUACUUUAUCCCCGAAUGACGCUCUGGGUAUCCAGCGAGCCCUGGAGGACCGCUACGUGCAAAUGAUCGACGAGACUCACUUUCUGUCCACGUAUGGCCAUAACUGUGAUUUGCUGAUGCUGUCACCAACCUACCUGAAGGUGCCCACCACCUUUGCCGUCCCCAAGGGCUCUCCCCUCCGCAGGAUCAUCGACUACUAG